UUUGUUGGUGACCUGGUGGGUGCUGUGUUGGGUGUUGCGUGUUACUAUACUCGUGUCAUUUCUCUUUCACAAAUCAUUCAGUAUUGUGCCGCAUUCAUUCAUUUUUUUAUAACUUUACUAAAAGAUUAGUUCGAAUGAAAGCCCUCUAGCUUAAACUUCAAUCUAGUGAUCCCAGCGAAUAAUAUGAUUACUCGGUGAACUCAAUUAUUACAUUUUCCACAAAUUUGUAGGCUAAAGUUCAAUUAUUUACUACCGGUAGUUUUAUAAUUAUUUUUUAAAAAAAUGAAGAGAUUUCACGAAAGUUGCCUUAUAUUUGUUAUUCUCGCAUUUCCCUGUCUCACCCAUGGAUUUGGUUUGGAAGGCAUUUAUUGUGGACUUGAAAACUGCUAUGACGUUCUUGGAGUCACAAGAGAAUCUACAAAAAGUGAAAUUGCCAAGCAGUACAGAAGACUGGCUAAGACGUACCAUCCUGAUAUGCAUAGGGACCCCGAUGAGAAAAUAGAAGCUGCUAAUAAAUUCAAAGAAAUAGCAAACGCUUACGAAAUUUUAAAAGAUGAGGAGUCAAGGAAUGACUAUGAUUAUAUGUUGGAUCAUCCUGAGGAAGUUUAUAGUCAUUACUAUAGAUACUACAGAAGAAGAGUUGCACCCAAAGUAGAUGCCAGAAUUGUUAUUGCUGUAACAAUAUCUCUUAUAUCUGCGAUUCAGUAUUACACGUCUUGGAAAAGAUAUGAAUCCGCAAUCAGUUAUUUAUUGACAGUUCCAAAAUAUAGAAAUAAAGCUGUCGACUAUGCCAUAGAAAAUGGUCUUUUUAAUGAACAGAAGAAAAGUAAAGAUAGAACAAAAAGUAAAAGUGUAAAGAAAGAGGAAAUGGAUGCUAUUAUAAGAAGAGUUCUGGAAGAUAAUAUGGAUAUAAGGGGCGGCUAUGCUAAACCAAAGAUAAGUGAUAUACUAUGGAUCAGAAUAAUACUGUUGCCUUACACAAUAGUAGCUUACAUAGUAUGGUACGUUAGUUGGAUAUGGAGAUUUGAUAUUUGUAAAAAUCCAUAUGGAAAAGAAGAGCAGCUCUAUUUAAUAAAGAAGCAUAUGUCCAUGGGACAAACGCAGUUUGAUGCUCUGGAGGACGAUGAUAAAGAGGAAUAUUUGAAACAAGAGCUCUGGAAGAAAGACAUUUAUGUUGAAUGGGCUCGCAAAAAAGAAGAAGACACCAAAAAGCAAAUGGCAGAGAACAGCAGAUACAAAGCAUACCGCAGAUACAUGAAGAAUCACGGCGCUGGACGAAUGACGUUCGAUGACUCUUAGUACAACUUUGAGUUAUUUUAUCAAUAUUAAUUUUUAGUUUAUUUAUUCAUUCAGCAGUAUAGGUAACCAUUGAACCAAGAUGUUAUAGUAGUCCUUGGAAGUGGGUUCAUUCUAAAAUUAUGCCUUAUUGUGUAGAUUGAGAAUGAGACUUGAUUCAGAUAACUCUGACUGGAUAUUCACCCUUGCUUACAUUUUCGGAAAAGUUAUAACUGUAUGCAUAACACUUAGUUUUUCCAAUUCCCAAACGAAAUUAUUAUGAAAUAAACUUUAUUGACUCCAUGCAGCGCUAAUCAAAGCUAACUUUCAGUUUGUAUGUCAGUAUGCUCGUCUAUUGUUCUGUACAAUCUAAGAAGUGAUACUUUUGAUUACUAAAAUAAAGCUCCAAUAGUAAGCGCUGCAUGUAUGUUUCCACA